CUGAUGGUGCGCCGUUCACAGUGCUGCGGGACGGAGGCUGAGUGCAGCUCCGCGGUCAGGAUGAGGAGGAUGAGGAUGGAUUAGAACCGAUGAAGAAUGCUGGUGUUUUUAUCAGAACAUUCACGUUCAUGACAGCAGGAGGGAUUCAUUCCUGUUUGAUGCGGGACUCGAGGACAAAAGUUGACCUGGAUGUUGCGGCGGAUCAAAUUCACGGAUCAGUUACUCGCAACUGCACAAGAAACAGCCCAUUAAAGCGAGCUUCUUCCAUUGAAAUCUAAAAGACAAACUCAGAUAAAACCAAAUAAAUGUGAAUAUUCAUUUUUGUAAAAUAUAUUUUAAACUUUUUCAACGGACGGCGUUGUUUUCGAUGCCCCAAAAAGAAGUCAAACGCUCUAGUGUGCUUUUAGUUACAAUGUUUGUUUAUUUAUUUUAUUUUAUUUAUUUUUGCGCGCACAGCUAUACAACAGUAUUCAGCAAAAAGCAAUAUGCACCUAAUGCAUUUUAAAUAUUAAUAUAUAGGCUAUAAAUUCUUCGCUGGUUGACGCAAAUAAUUGAAUGCAAUGAUGUUGUGAAAUGGCCCGCUUGAUGUCAAUGAUGAUUCGAGCGCAUGAACGCGUUCUUCAGUUCAUAAGAUGCACACACAACAGUCUGCAAAUGACGGAAAGUUGACGAACAUUACUUGUAUUUGCUUUGUUUUCUUUUAUUGUAUUAUUGAACGAAGAAGACCAUUUGCAGAAGUGUUUCGACGCUCUUCCGUCCAGACGCGACGCCUGUUCGCAGCUCAUUCCUGUCGGACACUAUCUAGUGUGUUAUUUUGAGGGUUCAUGUCGUGCUGGCCGCUCGUGUGGAUUGUGAUGGGUUGUAUUCAGAGUAUCAGGUGUAAACCCAAGAGUUUCCGGGACAGCAUCGUGGUUCUGGAGGUGAACUCGUCCAUUGACUCGAACCCCACCAGCAUCGACGAGUCCUCCAGCGUGGUGCUGCGCUACCGCACGCCGCAUUUCCGCGCGUCGGCUCGGGUGCUGGUGCCGCCGGUGGCCGCUAAAGAGAGCUGGACGAUCGGCUGGAUUCAGGCGUGCAAUCACAUGGAGUUUCACAACAAAUACGGAGCCAUAGGGAUGUCGAGCUGGGAACUUCCGGAUCUCCAAGACGGAAAGAUCGAAGCCAUCAGUGACUCGGACGGCGUCAAUUACCCGUGGUACGGCAACACCACCGAGACAUGCACCGUGGUGGGACCCACCAAGAAGGACACCAAGUUCACUGUCAGCAUGAACGACAACUUCUACCCGAGCGUGACGUGGGGCGUGCCCGUGAGUGACAGUAAUGUGCCCAUGCUGAGCAGCAUUUGGAGGGACCAGAGCUUCACCACGUGGCUGUUGGCCAUCAACCAGGCAUCGGGCGAGAUCCUGGUGCUGCAGACGGUGCGCUGGCGCAUGCGUUUACACAUUGAGGUGGAUCCGGACAAACCGCUCGGCCAGAGGGCGAAACUACGCGAGCCAAUAGCCCAGGAGCAACCGCAGGUGCUCAGCAAGAAUGAACCCAUCCCACCCAAUGCCAUGAUCAAACCCAAUGCCAACGACGCUCAGGUCCUGAUGUGGCGCCCCAGGAACGGUGACGCGGUGGUGGUCAUUCCGCCCAAACACUGAACUGCUUUUAUAAUGAGAUUAGGUGCAAAUAAACACUUGCUUCCAUUCACACCAAGAGUCAUAAAUCUGAAACAAAGCGCAAAAAACUUGCAGACGGGCUUGGGAUCACUGUGCUAAACGUCAUUGCAAAAAGACAAAGGGAAUUUUAUGCUUUUUUAUGUUGUUUGAAAAUAUUGCUUAUAGCCAUGUGCGACUUUUAAUCAUGUGCUGUUAUGAAUGAUAGAUAUCUAUAAUUCACUUUUCACUAAUUAAAAUGCAAAUUCUUCAUAUUAGAAAUGGAGUUACUAUUAGUAAAAAUGCUCAUUUUUGAUUUUAGUUAUUUGGUAUGCACUAGUAUAAAUUUUAAUUCUUGAAAUGAAAACGGACCCCAUUACUAGCUGAAAUGCCAAAAAAAAAAAAGAAAAAAAAAAAAAAAGAAAAAAAAAAGAAAAGGAAUUUCAAUUAGUAGAAAACAUCAUUCCUGAUAUCUGUAAAUACAUUUUCACCUAGUGGAAUUUAACAAUGAUCUGUCAUUCACCCGUUGUGAAUGUGUUCAAAACACAGUUACAGAUAUCCAUAAUGUAUGACUACCGGUAAUUAAAACUACACAUAUCUGUUAUGUAUUUUUUAAACUAGUAAAAAUUAUCAUGUUUUGAUACCUGUAAAAAUGAUAAAUUCAGUAUUUCGGAUAUCUGGAAAUGGAUUUAAGUUAUCAAGAGUAAUUCAAGAUAUUAUAAAAGACUUUUUUACUAGUUACAAUCACAUUUUAGAUUUCAAAAAUUAACAUUGCCAAUUGUUUUCUAGUUGUAAUUCAAUUGUUGAAUUUAGAAAUGGACAUUUGCACUAGUAACAAUGUAGUUAUUGAUGUUAGCUGAUGUUGGAAUUUUAACUAGCAAGAAAUUAGAAAUCUCUAACUCCAUUUUGAACAGGCAUGAAGGACAGAUCCUUGUAAAAUUACAGUUACUGAUAUCAAAAAUGACUUUUUUACUAGUUCCACAAAUAAUGAUGUCACUUUUGUAUCAAAACGUAACAUUUUAACUAGUGCAAACCCAAUAAUUGCUAUAAAAAAAUGAGCAUUUUCACUAGUAAUAAUUCCAUUCCUGAUAUCAAGAAUUAGCAUUUUAUCUAGUAAAUUACAUUUAUAGAUACAUUCUUAUUUUAUAGAUAAUAUAAACAUGUAUCUAUAAAUUAUUACUUGUGAAAAUGCUCAGUGUACAUUUUACAAUUAUAGAUAAAUUACAGAUAUCUAUAAUUCAUAUCCUGCACAUGAUUAAAUGUCAAAAGUGCUGAAACGAGUGUUACUUUUUGACGUCAAACAUGCAGGACAUUGGAUUCACGCUGCCUUAAGUUUACAUUGCUUUCCACUGCAAACUUUUAGCCUUAAAUGAAGUGCAAUGCAGUAAACCUCACACAUCCUACCUGUUAGAACCACAGGUGUGUACCGAUUGAGAUUGUGGAUGUCCUCAUUUUACCUUAUUCUUCCUAAAUUCCUCAUGUUUAAGGGGACUUUGAUGACUAUCGAUACAGGAUGACUGUGUACUGAAUGAAACUGGCUUGAGUGUGAAUCUGUUUUACUCAGACAUGAAGGAAUUAUAGAUAUUAUUAUGCAUACAGUAUUUUAAACAGGAGCUUAACUGAAGUGUUUUAGUUGCAGAUAUAUUUUUUCAAAACAGCUGAUAAACAGGUACUGAUGAUCUUCCAACGUAUUUUAAAAGGCUGGAGAGUCAAAAAUACAUAUUUUCUAAUACAUGUCAGACUGAUGUAUGUCACAGUCAUUGAUUCAGGUAUCUUUAGUGCCAAGAACACAUGGCCAAUUGAUGCAGUUAUGAAUAAGCUGACCGCUAAAGUUUGGCAAAAAGUUUUUGUGAGUUUGUGAGUUUAAAUUAUACUGAAGGGUUCAUUUCUGAUGAGGGCCAAAAGUCUGAGAUCACUAGUGAAAAUGCUUCUGUUUAAAGGUUUCUAAUUUAAUGCUGUUUUCAUAAAUAAGUAUUAACAAUUUGAGUGACAGUUGAAUUGAAGAAUGUACAUGAAGCGUCAAUGGAAGCUAGAAAAUCUGUCAUCUAUACAAAGAGUACACAUGCUUAAUGUCACUAGUUUACUUAAAUUUGAUUAGUAACCUACUGAAUAGCCCAGAAUGUUAAUAUCUCUUCUUUUUUCUUUGUUAAUUUGUUCUUUUUUUAAAUCUUAAAACUAUUUGUUUCCAGGUUUAAAUCCAAGAUUUUCAAUCAGUACGAUUACAUGCCCAGGUAUUUUUGCAUAGUCAACAUACAGUCUUCGUCUGUCUGUCCAAGUACACAUGACACAAGGCGUAAUCGAAUAUUUAAAGGAAGGACAACAGCUGAGGAAGUGUUAAAUGCACGUCGCACGUCACCUCUGUGUUUUGCUGGGAGCAACGUCAAAGCCAAUAGUGAUCAAAUUAAUGCAUAUACAUGCUGAAACCGAACUACAAUUGAAUUAUCUAGACUGUUAGUCUGACUUCGCAAAAAUCAUACUCGUAUGAUUCCAAUUAGACGAAAGCGUUGACAUGACAAAUUAUUGUUUUGGUCAGACUGAAAUUGAACUUUUAAUGUGCAUGUAAAAACACUGAAUGUGGUCUCAGACUUUUGGGCUUCACUGUAUAUGGGGGUCUGAAGCACUCAAGGGCUUGAUUAUGUGGCAUUCAUUGAUCUACUCAACAAAAAAGCACAGUAAAACUUUCAUAGAAUUAGUCCAUAUGACUUGUGCUCUAUAUUCUAAUGUCUUCUGAAGUCAUUCCACAGUUUUGUGUGAUGAACAGGCCAUAAUAAAAGUCAACAGAAAAUCCUCCCCUGCACAAAUCUCUCAAAUCUCAUUCGCAUUUCAGUGCUGUAGCUCACACAAAGCUUUCAUAUGACUUUAGAAGACUUGGAUAAUGGACUGCCUUAAAUGAUGACAGAAUUUUCAGUAAGACAGAUGUGAUAAUCUGUAAUGAGUGUACUGCCCUGCAAAAGCAAAACGUAGUACCUGCACAUUUGUCAGAAUUGAGCUACGAGUGAAAUGGGCUCUCUUAGACUAUGAUCUGUCCUGUGACUGAUGGGUUUGACUCAACUGUACGCAGAUUCAGAGAAAACAGUGAUUAUUUUACAAUGAACAUUUAGUGAGUUUACUGGUCUGUAAUCCAGCGCUGAUGUGAUUCACUGCGAGAUGAGUUCUAUAUAUGGCAUCUGCUGUUCAUGUGGAUUAGAUGUAUAGAUGUGAUGGGAAACGCAGAGCAGCACAAUUCAGUGUCGGUACAAUCACACACAGCCAUGAGGACUGAAGCUGUUUAAACCUGAUGAAUAUUAAAGUCCAGGUCUGUAAAGAUACUCUGCAGUUAAACAUUGAGCAAUAUUUGUAUCCACAUAUGCCAAAAAUGCUUUAUGUUCAUAUGCACAAUCUAAACGUCUCUCUCAUUGACAGAAUGAGAGCAGUGUUACUGAUCAGAGAUCUGAUAUGAUCAAUCCACAGAUCACAUGUGAAGAGGAUGAUUUUACUGCUCUGAGAGAUUCUUGUGUACCACUAAAUUAUUUUGAAAAGCUUUCAUCAUGAGAGUGUGGUGGUUCAGAAAUGCUCAUAUGUGUUUUGUGAAUUCACAAGUAGUUUAUCUUUUCAUGUGAGGUUUGCAGGUAUAUUUGUGUGUGUGUGUGUGUGUGUGUGUGUGUGUGUUUUUGGCCUGUAAUGAGUCUUUCAUCAUUAGGGCUUUAAACAGCUUGACAAAUGAGACAAAUCGUUCACUGUAGUGAAUAACCAAAUGUCAUAUUUCAGCUUAGUAUUUUUUAUCCAUAAUCAAAAUAAAAGACAUUUAUAGUUAUAAAUUCUUGAAUGUCAAUAUAUUUAUGUAAAGACAGCAAAUUAAAAUGUAAAACAGGCCUAAAACAUCCUGUUUUAACAGCAUUGAUGCACUGAAUUUGUUUUGCUACUAUUUGACUUGAAUUAUUUGUUCCAAUAUUCAACCUUUUAUGGAUGGGACACUCUCUGUUUUCAUUACAGUUUUGUACAUGUCUGCACUAUAAAUCCCCAUUUGCUUGAAUGAAAAUCAAAUAUAAAUCUUAAAAUAAUUAAUAAUACAGUUGUGGCCAAAAAUAUUGGCACCUUUGGUAAAUAUGAGCAAAGAAGUCUGUGAAAAAAAAUCUGCAUUGUUUAUGAUUUUGAUCUUUAAUUUAAAAAAAAUCACAAAAAACGAACCUUUAAUUGAAGUAAAACAAUUGAAACAGAGGAAAUAUCUCAUUAUUAAAUAAAGAUUUUUCUCCAAAACACGUUUUGUUUCACAGGGGUAUAAAUAUGAGGUAACACACAGGCCAAAUUCCCUUAAUCAUCAAUCACAGUGGGUUAGACUAAGGAAUAUAGUUCUGAUGUGCGGCAAAAGGUUGUUAAGCUUCACAAAAUGGGAAGUGGUUAGAAGAAAAUAGCCAAAGCAUUGAAAAUACCCAUUUCCACCAUCAGGGCAAUAAUUAACAAGUUCCAAUCACCUGGAGAUCUUAAGAAUCAGCCUGGAAAAGGACAUGUGUCUAUAUUGUCUCCGCGCACAUUGAGGAGGAUGGUUCAAGUGGACAAAGAAUCUCCAAGGAUCACAGCUGGAGAAUUGCAGAAAUUAGUUGCGUCUUGGGGUCAGAAAGUCUCCAAAACUACAAUCAGAUGUCACCUAUAUCACCACAAAUUGUUUGGGAUGGUUUCAAGAAAAAAAGACUCUGCUCUCAUCCAACAACAAACUCAAGUGUCUUCAGUUUGCCAGACACUACUGGAACUUCAAAUGGGACCGGGUUCUAUGGUCAGAUAAAAAAAUAAAAA